ACAGCAUCUGAGGGGUAAGUGACUGUCUGCAGUGUUUGGGUUUGUGUGUGUGUUUGGGGGUUACUUGCUGUGUGCUGAGCUUGUGUCUGUCAGUCUGUUUGGUUUGUUUGUUUGAAGGACCGUGUGCUGUAGCAGGCAGUUGGAGGUGGAGCUACUAGGAAGGUUUGAAAGCUAGAAGCCUCUGGUAAUUGGCUGAGCCUUAACCAGUGGGCGGGGCAUUCACUCAGGCCAGGGCUUUAUAUAGCUGGGCACAAGUGACCAGGGAGCUUAGCGAACAGGAGCUGCUAACAGGGAGUUUUGCAAGGGAGUUUGGAAGGGGAGUAGGAAGGGAGGGGGGGUCCCUUGUCGGUCUCAUCUGUGACCCAUUGGUCCCCUGAACACACAACCUGAGCCACAUCGAAAACCUUUCUGUUUACAGCAGAGAGGAAUUUGAGAGAGUUUGACAGAGGGAGGCUUACAAUGGUGAGGAGGACCCGCAACACCUGUGCCAGCACUGCUUCUGUCUCCUCCACCUGCGCCUGUAGCCAGACAGAGCACCAAACCAUGGAUGCUUUUACCCAGAUUCUGGUGUGGGCUUGCAAAGACUGUAAUUUGCAAUUUCCACUUACUGAUAUCCAGGCUGGGGGUGGCAUCCAAUGUGAAAGGUGCCUACUGGUGGAAUCUCUCAGGCAGCAGGCGGGAGAGCUACAGGAGGAGGUGGCCAGGCUGAGGAACAUCCAUGUCCAUGAGCAAUUCCUGGACAGUAUCCAUGUGGAGACAGCUGAUGGUGCUGUCCCAGUUGACAGGACUACCGACACUCCGGUGGAGGAGGAGAUGCCUCAGGGUGUAUCUGACACACCAGUGGAGGAGGAGGCUCAGGGUGGACACAGCCAGCUGGUUACUUCUAGCAGCAGGCAGUGCUCCACCGCUGCUGCAAACCCUCCUGUUGUGGUAAAAGAUAACCAUUAUGCUCUUCUUGAUACAGGAGAGAAGAAAUCACCCCCCACAGUUAAGGGGGUGAAGCCUCGUACCCCUAAGGCUGGGAGGUCUGCUGCCACCACUGAUAAGAAACGUAGGGUAGUGGUGGUUGGAGACUCUCUGCUGAGGGGGACGGAGACACCCAUCUGUCGCCCUGACCGUUCAUCCCGGGAGGUAGGGGUCCAGGCAGAGACAGAUGCAUCGUGGAGGUGAAUGCCUGGCUGCGAAGAUGGUGUCGCCAGGAGGGCUUUGGCUUCCUCGACCACGGGAUGCUAUUUGAGGAAGGACUGCUAGGAACAGAUGGCGUUCACCUUUCGAAGAGGGGAAAGGCCUUAUUUGCGCACAGACUGGCUAACCUAGUAAGGAGGGCUUUAAACUAGGUUCGACGGGGACAGGUGAGCAAAGCCCACAGG